UUCAGGGUCUACUUCAAUUUCUAGUGUUUGGAUCACUUUCUUUUCCUAGGAAAGCUUGAAAUAAGAUGAACCCGCCGAUCAAAAAAAAAAGAAAUAAGAUGAACCCAAUUUUGCUUCUUGAUUGAAGUUUCGUGUUGCCAUUAGGAACUUUUCUCUGUUUUUUAUUUUGUCUUCACCCAAUUUCUAAGGUUGUGUCAAAAGGUGUAUAUCCUGUUUCAUUCUCUUUUAUAGUGGGUAACUAAGAUGGAGGAAUAUACCCAGUUGCUGAAUCUGAUGACCCAGAAAAAAGAAGAGGACAGAAAAUUGGAGCUGAGGCUUGGUCCUCCAGGAGAAGUAGUACUGCUUGGAUGCAAAAAUGGAGCAAAAAGAGCUUUUCAACACACAGUUGAAGCAAAAAAUGGAGAAAAUCCAUCUCCUACUGCCUCUGGGAGAGACACUCAGAAGGACAAACAACAUUUCAACCCCUUAAUCCCCAAGCAGUUUUCUUCCAUGGCAGAGGAAUCUUCUAUGGCAGAGGAAUCUUCUCAACAUACAGAUAAAAAGGCAAAUACUUCCAAUGAAAGAUCAAUGGCAUGUCCUCCGGUGGUGGGGUGGCCGCCAAUAAGGUCAUCCAGGAAGAAUCUAACCGGCAGCAGCCUGUCAUCAAAACUGGCAUCAGAAUCUCCCAAGGAAGAAAGUGUGAGAAAACUUGAGAAAAACCAGUUUGUAAAGAUCAACAUGGAAGGAAUCCCAAUUGGAAGGAAAGUAAACCUUAAUGCCUACAACAGCUAUGAGGAACUCUCCAUUGCCAUAGACCGACUCUUCAGUGGUCUUCUUGCAGUUCAAAGAAAUUCUUCUUCCACUUGUAACGGGAGCAAGAUAGAGGAAUCAUCAAAAACUAGUGAAGAAUCAUUAGCUGGAAGUGAGGAAUAUACUCUGGUAUAUGAAGAUGAAGAAGGAGACACGAUUCUUGUUGGAGAUGUUCCAUGGGAAAUGUUUGUUUCAAGUGCAACGAGGCUGCUUGUGUUGAAAAGCUCUGAACUUUCAUGAAAAAAGAGUAGUUAUGAAAGGGAAAAGUGCCUAAUUUUUGCUUAGUUGGGUUGUAGAAAUGAAUUUAAAAUUUGUCUGGUUUCAUUUGGGAGAUGUGAGGAAGACAGUACACCGCUUGAUUCUGCUGUGAAGUUGGACAAAUUUUCUCAUCUUCUUCUUCAAGUGCAGAAAUUUUUAUUUUCCCUGUCUGUUAAUAUUUCAUUUACUUUUCCCAUGAAAAGUUAGAAAUCUCUUCAAAAUCUUUAGACUUUGUGUUUGUAUAAUAAUUUUGUGAAGGUUUG